UUUGCAGGAUAAGAUAACAUGGCUUCUAGGGACUUAAAAAUUGCUGCAGCAGUGGUGUUUUGUUUUGCAGUGUACACUCUAUUUUGGACCAACCUAAAAGAUUGCAAGUUCUCUCGAGUUCCACAGCUGACUAAUCUUCUAGAUGCAAGACAGUACGACAGUGUCAAAAUUUUCUUACUUUUUAUUGGUUACAACAGAAGUAGACACACCCUGUUAGCUUCUCUGUUAGAUGCUCAUCCAAACAUUAUCGUUGCCAACGACUACAACAUCUUGGGCGAAUGGAUAAAAAACCCUCUGUUAUCUCAGAGAUCAAAAUAUUACAUGUACGAGCUACUUUAUGCAAAAUCUCGUUAUGACGUCAUUUUACGGAAUAUUUGCAACUUCUUAGAAAUCACGUGCACAGAGAAGUACCUGCAAGACUGCGCUGCCAUUGUCGACCCAGUCCCCUCCACCACGCGAACAAAUGUCGAGUGGAACACUGACCAAAUAAACCGAGUUCGGAGAUUGAUUUUACAAUAUCCAUUCCUUAGACGAUAUUCAUUUUACGAUUGAAUGACACCGAGAACCACUGUACAAAUUGGAUAUGUUUAUGGAUAGAAAUAGAAUAAUUUAA